AUGGCGCCUCAGAAGCCCGAAACUUUCAUGCUAAGUACUGAGGCUCAGCAAGCUCUGCCUCAUGAUGCCCAAGUUGCCCUGCAGCAAGUUGACAACUUGAAGUACUUCCUCAUCUCAGCCCCUGUCGACUGGCAGCCCGAUCAGUACAUUCGCCGAUUCUUGUUGCCCACUGGCGAAUACGUCUCUUGCAUUCUCUGGAACAAUCUUUUCCACAUUUCUGGUACAGAUAUCGUGAGAUGCCUGUCGUUCCGAUUCCAGGCUUUUGGCCGCCCUGUCAAAAACUCCAAGAAGUUUGAGGAGGGUAUCUUCUCCGACUUGCGAAACCUCAAGUCUGGAACCGACGCUUCUCUGGAGGAGCCAAAGAGCGCCUUCCUCGACUUUCUCUACAAGAACAACUGCAUCCGAACACAAAAGAAGCAAAAGGUCUUUUACUGGUACAGUGUCCCACACGACCGUCUGUUUCUUGACGCGCUGGAACGCGAUCUCAAGCGUGAGAAGAUGGGUCAGGAAGCCACCACCGUUGCUGUCAGCGAACCGGCCCUGUCUUUUCAAUACGACUCAUCUCAGUCGCUCUAUGAGCAACUGACUAAAGCGCAACAAGCCAACUCCUCCUCUUUCAGCGCCCAGCAGUCUGCUUUCUCUCAGAGCCAGUCCACCUCUCCAGUUAUGCGUGCGAUGGACUCGAUGCCUCCCCCCCCAACAAUGAUGCCCCAGUCCAUGCCCCCUUUGGCGGAGGGGAUGGACGCAAUGGUACCUUACGGCACGAUGGCGGUGCCUCACCCAAUGGCCCAAGCCGUCCCUGUUAAGAGGGAACCUGAUUUCACCCGUGUUCAGUACAACCAUAAUGGUGUCCCAAUCACUCAAGGGCACCAGCGCCAUGCUUCCAUGCCUGCUUAUGGUCUCGAGUAUUCGCCAGCCCCUUCAUUCGUCUCCUCUCAGUACGAGGAUUACAGCAACCGAGGAAUAUCUUUUGAACCCAUCACUCCGCCUCAACAGGCAUUGGGUAUCUCGGCUGAGCCCGCGUAUAUCGCCAAUGAGGAGACAGGCUUGUACUCGGCCAUUCCUGACCAUAUGGCUAGCAUGAACGGUCUUAACGGCAUGGUUCAACUACCACCUUCCAACUUAGCGGGCCCUCAGUUCUCUCGUCCCUAUGGUACAAACAACGUCUACUCUGUGAUCGAAGGUUCACCGACAUAUAAGCAGAGAAGACGGCGUUCAUCCAUUCCUCCAUCUAUGUCGGCAAUUUCGACCCCUGCUGCUACUGCCCAGACAGCCUCGCACACACACUCCCACCGGCCUUCUGAGCUUCGCCGAUCAAUUUCUGCCUCAGUUGGCCCCGUAGCUGAAGGCGAUGAAUCGGCAGACAACUCGCCCCCUGGUCUCUCCUACAGUACCUCCGCAGUUUCUGUUAACACCCAACACCACCAGAACAUGUCAAGGCACGGAACCCCCCUGUCGAAUGUGGAAGGAAGCCCUGCUGCCCAUUCAAUGGGUAUGCACCAGCAAGAGUUUUCCCAUCUCGCUGGCGAUGAAUUUUCUGGUGAUGUCAAUGAUCAGCGGCGCUCUGUUGCUGCUCCCAACGGCGCUGUUAGACGUGCUCGCUCCGCGACCGUUAUGGAAGUCGGUCCAUAUCCUCAGAAGUCACACUCUUGCCCCAUCCCCACCUGUGGUCGCCUUUUCAAGCGUUUGGAACAUCUUAAGCGACACGUGCGAACACAUACACAAGAAAGACCUUACAUCUGUCCCCACUGCAGUAAGGCAUUCUCAAGAUCUGAUAACCUGGCCCAACACAAGCGUACUCAUGGCCGUGAAGAUGGUGGAGAUGGUUCCUUGAACCUGUCAGGCGAGGAAGAUGAGGAUUUCUCUGGUGAUGACCAUCUUGGCUCACUCGAAGAAGCUUCCCCACACUCUGAUAGCGCCUAUGUGACCGGCUCCCUGAAUGCUGCUGCGCAUGGCUCGACCCCACCUUCAAGUAUGGCGCCCACGCAGUCAUAUAAUAGUCUCGAGACUCUCAGCAUGCCCAUGACAAUGAGCCAACCGGCUGCUAUUAACGCCAGCGGUAUGAUGUAA